AGAUCUUCCUCUCCUUACGCUCUCUACUCACCCGAGGCAGCAGCGCAGAGCAGAGACUCGCGCGCUCGUGGUCCACAUCAGUGCACGAAGCGAGACGCACCUGAGAUGACGCCUCUCGUGCUCGUGGCCCUUUUGCUGGGGAUCGGCUAUGCAGGGGGGAGGCACCUCGGCACCCGCCCUGCCAUCAGCGGCUUCCAGGCGCUGCAGAUGCCCAAGAUCACUCACGCCAGUCUCGAGGAGGGCCAGCUCGUGCGCAGGAUGGCAGAGCAGGCUCGGGCCACCGCAACACAGGCAACACGUAAGCCCACACACUGGGGCAAGCCAUGAGGGAGGAGGACGUGAGAGAGGGGGGUCGUGCUGUGGGUGUGUUUGUGGCUCCAGCUCCCACCAGGCCGGCGAUUCCGACGAUUCCGGCGAGUCGAAAGACCGACAGGGCGAUGGGUCUCUUCGAGGGAUGCGCUGUGUACUAUGGUAUGUAUGCUGGGGACAAGGUGCACAUCCGAUGCACAUGGCGUCUGUGUGCUGGUCAGAUGCCAACGACUGCUACCAGCUCGAGGUGGGCAACAAGCGUCGCCCCAUCCCAGCAGCCAACUGGCCCGACAUCAAGCGAUUUGCCGACGUCAACAUAGUGGCGGGCGUGCCGCAAAUCAGGUGAGGAGGACUGAGUGGAUACCAGCCAUCAGUCCAAGUGCCGAUCAACUCUCUGUCUGUCAAUCGUUGGCAUGGCAGUGUGGCCGCCGAGAUCACCUCGCCCGCCAGCAAGGAGGCAGUGGGUCUCUUCGAUGGUCAGUCUGUGCACCUCGACCACAAGGGAGGGUAUCUGGUGGAGCUCGGUGACGAGUGGCGGCCCAUUCGCGAGGAACACUGGCCUGACGUCAAGAUGUUCACCGACGUCGACAUCGCCAAGAUCCGGCAGGAAAUGUACGCGCCCACAAACGCACCUACGCACUCAUUCUCCUGCUCACCACCACAGAGAUAUCUCUGUCUCGCCGUUUCCUUUCAGUCUGGGUGGUUCUGGCGGGGAGGGUCCCGACCUCACCUUCGUCCGCGCGCCCUCGUCUGGCAUGCUCUUCCAGCUAGUGACUCCAGGGACGGGCGCGUCGCCUUCUCGCGGCGAUGCGGUGAAGUUCAACGCCAGGGAGUGGCGCCGCGGCUUCGCCGGCGAGCCGGGAACCGAACUCGACAACGAGUGGAAGGACGAGAGACUCGAGUCUGAUCAGCCGCUCGUCUUCAGUACCAACGAAAAGGGCGAGAGGCGCGCCAUCUCGAGCGACUUUUUCCACGAGAUUCUCUGGUCGAUGAGAGUGGGGGAGACGAGGCGCGUGAUCAGGCUACCGAAGUUCGGGUACACGGCUUACUACGAGCUCGAGCUGCUCAAGAUAGAGUAACUGCACUGACUCACUCAACCACUCACUCACUCAACCAUCCAACCACAUGCAUAUCACCACCAACACCAACUGAGCUGCUCUUGCCUGCCAUGCCCAUAUGUCUCCCUGUGUGCCUGCCUGCCUGUCUGGCUGAUGUGACCUCAAUUGCACGGAUGC